GAAGAAUCGCGGGAAGACGAAAAUUGCACAUGGAGUAAAGAAAAUAGGUAUUCAUUAGAUCGCCGGCAAAAAUAUACCUCAGGAUGGAUAUACCUCAUUUAACCAACAUCUUGUCGAGUACUUUUGACCCCAACUUAAGAGAAGAAGCAGAAAAAACGUUGAAUGAGGUAAAGUUUCAUUAACUGCAAUUUCUUUCGUGAUUUGACCGAUCGACUUCGUCAACACGCACAUUGUUGGAUAUUUGAAACGGAUCUAACAAACCGUUCUUCGUUUUUAAUCAACAAUUACACCACUAAAUCUUAUAUUUAAGCAAACUCUUAAUUGUACAAUUUUAAAUUAGGCCAAACUUUUGGAAUUGUUUUUCAAUUCAAAAGAACUUUAAAAUGAAUUUUAUUCGACUUAUUUUUAUUUUGGUCAUGAUUUUGUCACGUAUUUAAGAUAUAAGUUCGAUGAGUUAUUAUUAAUUUUUUGGUUUCCUUUCUAUAGAUUCACAAGCAUCCAGGGUUCCUCUCACUUCUUCUUCAAGUCGUUAUGUCUAACGAUGUACAAAUUCCUGUGAGACAGUCAGGUGCGGAAAUUGCUAUUAAUUAAAACUGAUAACGUACGUACAUUGCUAAAUUUUAGCAUAUAUGUCGCAAUUCACAAGUCAAAAGAUUAACUUUGGCAUUGAAUUGUUCGAUUAAUGAAAGGUCAAUCGCUUAAUAUUGGAAAAGAAAGUUUUUCUUAAUGAUAUCACCAGAGUGACUUUUAUUUGUUAUGGUCGAAGUCCAACGGAGUUGGUGAUGUUCUUGUUGUUAAAACUAUUGUACCAAAUUCAAGAGAAUGCAAAGUAUUAAAGUUAAAACCUUUGAUUUAAAUAUAACCUCUACGCAACACAAGAAAACUUUAAAGAAUCAUUUUGGCCCAAGAAAUAAGUGCACAGAUAAAAUUUUGCAAGAAGUGCAAUUUAUUUCUACGGGCCUUUUUAACCUCUUCGCGAGGAUUAGUUAUUCACCUGAUGGUUCACUCAAGAAUGAUUAAACCUUUACACCCUAACAUCAGUAUCCACAUUCUCUAUGCUCUUCUCUAUACAUUUUUUUGGUACUGACAAGGAGAGAUCAUUUAGUAAUCAAAACUUCAUGGGUUGCUGAUCAUUUUCUACAUUCUCAUAAUGUUGAUAGAUUAUUUAGCAUACUUUUGUGAGGAGAACUUUGAUGCCGAUCACCCUUAGAGUUAAAAGAGUUAAAUUUUGCUUCACUGAUACAGAAAAUGUUUAUGCUACAUUUAACACCAUCCUUGUAAAAUGUUUUAUUUGCCAUCACCCAGUGAACCCAUUGAUUUGAAAAGGUUAAAAAUGAAAAAAAAUAAAAAAAAUAAAAAAAACUUAGUAUAAGAAGCAAAAUUUUAGUAAUCAGUUUAAUUGAUAUUAAUUAUUUACUGGUAAAUGAUAAAUAUAUUAAUUUAGGUAGAACCAUUUCUUACAUAUUCUGUAACAUGGUUAUUGGAAACAUUUUGAUCAGGAGAACAAAAUUUAAGGAUGGCCUUUACAUGUUCUUGAAAUGAACUUUUUGUUCACAUGCCUGUUACUUGUAUUUGUCACUAUUUCUGAUGUUGCUAGUGAUAAUAUUUUGGUUUUCUUAUUAUUGAUUCAACAAAAUGUAAAACAUAACACUAAAAGAUUCCCUGUUGCAUUGGGUUUGUAUGUUACCAGAUUGUAGAAGAAGUGAAAAUGCAUUAAGAACAUCAGUGACUCACUUGGCUGCAUCUCAUGUGCCACCUUUUGGUUCUUGCUUCAUUUUGACAUCAUCUACAUUUGUAUUACUAAACAGAAGCACAGCAACAUGGAAUUUAAUUGUUCAUUUGAUGAUAGUGACUCAUACAGCAUGGUGAUUUAAGAGUUAGCAAAAAGAUCUUGAUGAGGCCUAUGGUAAUGACAAAAUGCAUAUUUGCUCAGCCAAAUAUUAUGCUGUAAACUAUUGACUGCCAAUGAUUGCCUUUGUAGGUGUAAUUUAUCUCAAGAAUAUGAUUGUCCAGUACUGGAAAGAGAGAGAUCCUUCAGAACUUGUGGAUACUAGUGCUGCAUUUGUUAUUGUUGAGCAAGAUAAAGCUACCAUCAGAGAAAAUAUUGUGGAGGCAGUUAUUCAUGCUCCUGAAUUAAUAAGGUAAAAAUCUUGUAAAGCUACAGGUGUCUUUAAGUAAAGCUGAAGACAGGGCCCUAAGUGUGACUUUUAAAUUGAGCAGUUAUGAUAGCCAGAGGGGACAUUUUUCUUAUGAUAAAAGAACAAUUUAAAAAAAAAAAAAAAACUGUGUGCAUACUUUGCAGAAUCCAGCUUACUGUGUGUGUCAGUCAGAUUUUACGUCAUGACUUUCCUGACAAGUGGCCUGGAGUGAUUAACAAAGUGAAUGGAUUCCUGGCAGAGAAUAGUCAAGGGACAUGGAUGGGUGCUCUUCUUACCCUAUAUCAGAUUGUCAAGAAAUAUGAGUAAGUACAUACUGUCUAUUGCUAUUUUCAAGAAAUUCAAGCAUGUGCAUUUAACUUUACACUGGCGUGGGGUUGUUAUUUUUUCAGAGUUUUUCAUGGUUCCACUUUUAGAGCUUAGAAGUAUUAAAUGUGUACUGUGGUUUUUCUUAAAAUUUGUGUUUAUUUGGACUAGUCCCUUCAGUGAUGUCACAGUUUAUUGACAUGUUUAUUUUGUGGGUUAUAAUUAAGCUUUAAUUAAAAGCUACCUGUUAUUCUACACAAGGAGAAGCAUGUGAAAUAUUUGAUGCACUCUAGAAAGCUCCCUAACCUGAAAGAGAGCUGUGUGCUUGUGUCGAGCUCUUUGUCUGUUGUGGCAGUUAUGUUUGAGAACCAAAUAGUAUCUUUCUUCCUUGUUUUUAGUUCACCCCUCAUCCAAAGGCCCUUUUAUUUUCUUUACAAUUUCACUUUGAAAAUCUAAGACUCCCUUUGUUUAAUGGCUAGCAAAGGGACAAUCCCAAGAUGACUUUUAGGGCUACUGAAAAUCAUUUUUCUAGAAAUGAUUUCAUUGCCUGUUACUGUGCUAUUUCUCCUAUUCAAUUUUGUUUCACUCAAACUCUGUAGGUUCAAGAAGCCAGAGGAACGGCAAUUUCUCCACAACAUCAUGCAAGUUCUUUUGCCACAACUCUAUGCAAGAGUUGUUGCCCUGAUAGAAGACUCAUCGGAGAUGUCAGUGGAGAUCCAAAAACAGAUUCUUAAAAUUUUCUUUGCGCUUAUUCAGGUUAGUUUCAUCAACCUAAUGGUAGAGAAAAUAGUAAACUUAUAGAUUUCAGCUGUAUACACAUCAUGCACCAGCAAGUUUUCCUAUGGAGAGUACAGUGGGGGCAGAAGAACAUGUCAUGCAUUUUUUAGUAAUGGAUUUAAACAAGAUGGCAUGUAACAAUCAGUCUGACACCCUCAAAGAUUUGCUGGACACCUAGUCUCCAAAUAUGUUCCCUUUCUUGAGAGGACACAUGACUGACUUAGUGUCCAUUUUGGCAAAUCAAAGUUGAAAUGCAGUCCAAUUUUUUUCCUUAUUUGGUGAAAGGAGUGGGUGUUAGGUGCUGCUCUGUGUAUCAAAAAAAAAUAGUACUUUUGUGCUUCAGCAGAAUGUAUGGCCUUGAAUUUGAGAUUUGAGCUUGAAAAUAUUCUUCUGUAAAUGACGUGUAUGUUCUUUCCAAAAAAAUUAACACACAUUCAUGAAAUAAGUAAGAAUCUUUCAUUCAUUAAAUUGUUUUUGUCUUGUUAGUAUGUCCUUCCCCUUGAACUAAUUACAACAGAUUUUGGGAAGUGGAUGCAAGUAUUCCAAACUGUGGCAAGCAGAGAUGUACCUCCGGUAAGAAUCUUUUUACUCUGGAUCUCAUUGCUUGUACUUUGCUUUAAAUAAAUAUUCUGCACCCAAACCAAGUGGCCCACUCAGUGUACUCCUUUGUGAAUGAAAUACCAUUCUAUUCCAAAGUUACCCCCUCCCCCCCCACUCUAGCAUUUCUUCAGGCUUCCCUUAAAGCUCAUAAAUAAUUAUUUGUUUGCAUUGGUGUGGAAAGGAUACUGUAAAAGAAGUGUCUUGCAAAGGUGACAACACAGUGUCCAAGCUAAGUCUUAAUUUUGGACCUCAUGAUCUGGAAUAAAGUGCAUUAACUGUUAAGUCACCCUGUCUCCCCUUUAACUCUUUAACCCCUAAGAGUGACUGGCGUCUCAUUUCUCCUCACAAUAUCACCCUAGAAUCACACUUUAAAGUCAUGAUAAUAAAGGAAAUGACCAACUAAAGAAGCUCCUGAUUUUUAAACAAAUUCUCCUUGUUAGCACUUAGGAAAUGAACAGAGAAUGGUAAAGAGAAAAUGCAUAAUGAUGAUAGGGUGUUAAGGGUUAAUAUGAGCAUACAUGUGUGACUGAAAAAGAGAAUGAAUAGAUCAAUAACUAAUAUUUAGAUUUAACCAAGCCUAAAAGCAGAGCUUGCAUUUUUUUUUUCCCACACAUCUCAAGGGCACAACACCUUGCCCCGGCAAGGACUAGAACCCAGGUCCAACUUGUAGCCCAGUGCACUGACCACUGGACUACUGGACAAAGCUGCGGCAUUGGUGUGCCUAAAAACAGUUGAAACAUCAUGUUAAGGUUCAAAUGGUCAUACGACAUUGUAAAAAAUUUUUUCAGGUUAUGGGGCUAUGCAAGCUCCGCUACAAGUAAACUUGAACACCUUCCCACCAUGCUACUAUGUAUUAACUAGUAAGUAAAAAUGGAAACAUCAUGUUAAGGUUCAAAUGUGACAACAUCAAUACAUAGCAAAUGGUCAUUCACGCUCUCUUACCUGUAGUUGUGUGCUUUUUUUUCUUCUUUUGUACAUUUAGGUUGCUCUGGAAGGUGAUGAAGAAGAGUUAGCUAGACUACCCUGGUGGAAAGCUAAGAAAUGGGCUCUGCAUAUUUUGUGCCGGUUGUUUGAGAGGUAAACCUGUCUUUUAGUACAGCACUAAACCCACUUGCAUACAUGUACCUGUGCAUGUCAAAAAAUUAUAAUUUUGUACAUAGUUUUGAACCAGGAAGAAUAAGGAAACAUCAUCUUUCGUUGUGUUAGUGGUUUUCAUUUUUGUUUUUUCUUUCCCCCUUUUACUCUUGUAUCAACAUUUUGGUUGUCACCAUUACUUUAAUGUCCAUAAAGAAAUAUUUAGGUGUUAGUCCUAAAAAGGGGUUUAAAGGGGAAUAUUUUUCUUUUUCUUUUUGCCUAUUUGUGGGGCAGCUAACAAAGAUGAUGCUUUCAUGUUUAAAUGAGUCCUUUGGGUUUCAGAUAUGGUACUCCAGGAUCAAUAACAAAAGAAUAUGAGGAGUUUUCUGAGUACUACUGUAAACAUUUUGCAGGUAAGUAAGCAAAGAGACUUUAGGUUUUUCCCUUCAGUAAAAAUGUUGCAAGGUUGUAUAUUGAAUUUUUUUAUUGGGCUCGCUUUCUGUGUAUAGAUUUUUUCAUCAAGGUUUCCUAGCAUUUUUUAUUUCUUGAAGUCAACCAUCAAAGGAACCUCCUCCAUAACAUCAUGGCCCAUCCCAGAAGAAGUUAAUACUGUGCUUUAGAUUAGUCAACUUUGGACUGAGUUUCAAAAAAAUGCAGGAUUUAUUUAUUUAACUGAGAACUUGUCUUUUCUCACAGUAAGUGUGACACAGAUUCUUCUGAGAGUACUGGAUCAGUACAGACGAAAAGUGUUUGUAGCUCCAAGAGUACUUCAGCAAACCAUAAACUACUUGAAAAAUGGGUGAGUACAUUUCUUUCAGGUUGUUAUAACAUUAUGGGGAUUACAUUGAUGCUGGUCUCAGCUUUGUAAAUGCAGUUUGUUUGGCAAUGAUAAGUAGUGAUAUUCACCUGCUGUACAAAUGGUGCUUCAAAGCAUAUUUUAAAGUGGUAUUGAUUUUUUUGUCAAAAAAAUAUACUUGUUUAUUUUCCAGAGUUUCAAAUUCACUUCAUUGGAAAAUAAUGAAGCCCCAUAUCCAGGUAAAAAAGCAAACAUACAAACAGAAAAGAGUUUUAAAGUUCAACUGAAGUUAGCUAGCAGGGAUUGCCCAGGCAGCUAUAAAUUAGUGUAAUGAACACACAUAGUAGACAAACAGUUACAGACUCUAAGUUACCAUACUGGUAUGUACAGUAACAAUUGGCAAUCUGUGGUUUGCAAAGUUUUUUUGAUAGAUAAACUUUAUGUGAAGUGCUUGGAAUGGCAGUAGAUUCCCUAAGAGGGAAGCCUGACUAUUGUUGGUUACCCUUUUUAAAAGCAUUCAAGGUUGAUUGGAAAGGCCUAGUUGAUGCUAUGGGAGUUAAGGCAAUAGCAUUGUCUGAAAAAUGUUAUGAUGUUAUAUUUAUAGGCAAUAAUCCAGGAAGUUGUGUUUCCUUUGAUGUGUUACACGGAAGAGGAUGAUGAACUCUGGCAAGAAGAUCCAUAUGAGUUUAUAAGAGUUAAAUAUGGUGAGAAAGGGAAUAAUAUACUUAAGUACUACCCUGGAAACAGCUAAAGGACUUAGGCAUGUAAACUUUAACAAAUUUCUUAGAAAAUAUGUAUAUCAUCUUUACUGAAUUGAGCUGAAAACUAGCAUGUGGCGAACAAAUUUCAAAAGCCAAUUUUUUUUACAGGAAUGCAAUAACCAAAGAUUUAAUGGAAUGAAUAUUUUUAAAUGUUAAAAGAUUUGCAGUUAAGUAACAUCUUGCACAGGAAUAACUAGGCACAUGUUUGAAAACUCAACAAAAAAUUGAGGUGACAUUCACAAAUUUUCUUCAUAUUUGAACUUUGAGUAGUCCAGUACUUUUAAAUAACCUGAAGCUUUGUCUCUUAUUGACAGAUAUCUUUGAAGAUUUUGUGUCCCCUGUCACUGCAGCAGCCACGCUUCUUCACACUGUAGUUUCAAAAAGAAAACAAGUUCUUGACCCUACCAUGGUAUUCUGUGUCCAUGUCCUCAACCUCCCUCCUGAACAGAGGGAUCCUCGACAGAAGGAUGGAGCUCUUCAUAUGAUUGGCACAUUAGCUGAUGUGUUGUUAAAGGUUUCUUGUCUUUUCUUUUUCAUUUUGAAUUGUCUGUUUAAUGGGUUUAUGUCUGUCAGUGAUUGCAUAGCUAGUGUUGUUCUGCAUGCUGGCAUAGGUGGGUGCUUCUCAAACUUAAUUUGUAAUACAGCAAAACUAUGUUAGGAGUCAAGAGAUUAAGAGAUCAAUUAAAUUUCUCUUCCAAUAAAUAGAGAAACUUUUAAUUUAGCGAUAAUCAAUUGCCUUGGUUCAAUUUAACCCAAACAGACAAGACCAAGAAUUAUUUCUCCUUACAGUAUCAAUACAAUAUCAAACAGACAAGUGAUGAGAAUAAAGAAAAAUGUUUUGAAUAAGGGGAUUAUUAAGGGAUCCAAUACCAAAUUCUCCUUACUAUCAUCAUAAGAGUUGUAGGGCAUACAGCAAGGAGAGUUACUAAUGAUAUCUUGAGAGUGAAGGGUUUAGAUUGCUGUGGAAAACUGGCACCACCCUAUCAACUAAGGAGAGUCUUGUUCUCGUACAAUCUUAUAGUUUUAAAGCAAGCAGUGUACUGUUUAUUAUUUUUAGAACUCACAGGCACCUUGCAAUAUGCUCCAAUUUGUGACUGGUGUUAAAGAUUACUCUGGUUUUUGUGUUACAACACUUAUUGACAGAUUGCACUUCAAAUGUUAACCGCAAGCAACCACAUUUCGUCCCUCUUUUUUUCUGUUAAGGAGUUUUUAUUUCAUCCUCAUAAAGAGCUUUAAUACAAGAUAGGAAUCCUUAUGAUAAUGUAAGAUUCUUUUGUAUCAGCUAUCAUAAUGCUUUCUUAUUAAUGAUUUUGUCUUAAAUUGUGUUGUGUCCUCUUGUUACAGAGAAAAAUGUACAAAGUACAGUUGGAAAACAUGUUAGUGCAACAUGUUUAUCCUGAGUUUAAAAGUUCAUUAGGAUAUCUUAGAGCCAGGGUAGGAACAGUUUUUUCAUUGAUUCAUUGAUUGUUUUGUUUGCCAGUGAAGAAACUGAUGUUUUAUUUGAUUGAAAUAUCGAACAAAAUUUGCAUCAAUAACAAUAAAAAACAUAAUUUUGCAUUAAAGCUAGUUGGUACAUCAUUUUUGUGUAAAAAAUCCAGACAUAUUUGGGACUUGAACAUACAAAUUUGUUAUUAAUAGCUCCCAAACUUAAUCUGUCUAGGAAUGAAAUUACAAAGCAUUGCACUGGAAUUUUCCUUACUGUUUUUUUUUUGUGCAUUGGUUGUUUUCAGAAAAAAUAACAAAACAAAUCUAAUUCUCUUGUUAGUGUCUUCUAAAAGAUCCUGAUGAUAAACAGAAAACAAAAAUCUCUAUGUUGAGGGGAAGAUUAGAGCAAAGGGGAUAUUGAUAUAGUAGAGAUUAUUUUCAUCUAACCCUUUGAUUCCCUUACUGUGUGUGCUGCCCACCUAAUGUAUAGACUUUUCUUUAGGCUUGCUGGGUCUUGCACAGUUUUGGUGACAUAACCUUUAAAGAAGAAAGAAACCUUGCCACAGCAGUGGAUUCUGCCCGCAUCUGUUUAACUGAAGACACUGAUCCUCCAGUCAUUGUGGAGGCAGCCAUUGCUUUACAGUUUCUUAUAGAGAAACAAGAGGGAUGUGAGUUUUUUUUUUUCAAUUUUUUUAGCACUUAAAAGAAGUUGCAAUGCAUAAAAACACCCUUUGAAAAGAGAAGAUUUCUUAUUUCAUGAGUUGUUUUGUCAAUGGUGUGGCAGAGCAAAAGACAUAAAACUUGAUAAUUUUUUUCACCCAUUGCCUUCCAUCAGUUAAGUGCCCAAUAGGUAGGUAGAAAAUAAGGAUAAUGUAAUGGAGAUUUUUUUUCAUUUUUAUUUUGCAGCAAAAAAAUAUAUUGAGCCACAUGUGCGUCCAAUCAUCCUACGUGAGUAUUCUUUAUCUCAUUUCCAGUACAAUUUCAGGAUACAACUUUGCAUCUACUUUGAUAAAAAAAAUUAGCUGAAAUCCUUAAAAAAGUGCUUAGAACAAAGCAAAGAUAAGCAUUCUAAAAAAGUUUUUUUCAGAUGGAAAAAAAAUUAUUCAAUUUCAUUGCACCAACCUUUCCUUAUUAGGGCUUAAAAAUCUGCAUGAUUUGUGAAUGAUUACAUCAAAAGACAGUUGUUCAAAUAGCAGAUAACAUUAUUUUAUGGAUAAAUCGCUGUCCAGUGGAUAAGUGUUAACAAAACAUUCUGCGCUAUCCACCUGACAGAGAUUUAUCCAGUAGAGGGGGUUAUCCACCCUUCAAACAAUGGGGGCCUGGUCUCUAGAGUGGAAGGGCCAGCAUGAAACCCUGGCUGGUCAUUGUGUGUCAUCUGAGCUAGACACUUCACUCCCACUCUGCUUUGCCCAACUCAGUAGUAUACUUGGGGGAAGAGAAUGUGGAGGGGGAAUAAACUAUGAAGGGUUAGCAUUCCAUAUUGGUCAUUGUGUUUAUCUGAGCUAGACACUUCAAUCCCACUCUGCUUUGCCCAACCCAGAAGUGUAGAUGGUAAUGGCAAACUUUCAGGAACACAUACCCAGAUCAGGAUAGGGGGGUUGGGAAGAAUGUGGGAGGGGGAAUAAACUAUGAAGGGCUAGCAUCCCAUAUUGGUCAUUGUGUUUUAUCUGAGCUAGACACUUCACUCGCGCAGUGCCUCACCCAACCCAGGAGUAUAGAUGAUAAUGGCAAACUUUUAGGGACAGCCCUUUAAGUAUUAGAUGUAAUAUAAUGUAAUAUCCUUUAUUUAAACACGAUAGGGUUUAAAGCUCAAAGCUUGUGGGGUCAUGUAAAAAUAAUUACAAUAUGAAACUAUAUUAAAAUAGGGAUAACAUCACAUACAAAAUACAACUACCAUGGUAAAAAUUAAGAAAUAUUCAAUAAGUUUUGAAAAAGAGAAAUAUUAAAUGAGUUCAUGUGUUCACAUCUGAAUAAAUUGACUACAGCAAUUGAGGCUUAGAAUAUUUAGAAGCAUUUAAAAUCACAGUAGCACCUGGGGAGUGACUGGGCCGACUGUGCGCUAAAAUCAAGUUCCUUAAAAUAAGAGUCCUUCUUCACUUUACAAUAAAAAUCAGUAAACUGGCCUGUAAAAUGAGACAAGACAGCGUUUCCAAGGAUAGUGCCUCUAUAGCUAAUAGAGUUUUUAAGAAACUGUGAGCUAAAUUGCAGAACGAUUAUGUUAUUACUCCUUCUGAAGUUUUACACAAUGCAAGGUUUAUUUGUCAAGUAUGAAAGAACCACAGGUGCUUCACCUACAAACACGCUAUGGAACAGUUUAAUUAAUUGAAGUUUAUAAUAAAAGGUUAAAGUGUUCCAAUUUGAGUGUUGGUAUACUUUGUCAGUGGGUAUAUCGUGAGGUAAAUUAUAUAUUAUUUUGGCUGCCCUUUGGUAAAGUAUUUCCAAAGAUUGUAGAAGGUCCGUAUUUGGAUGCCUUGGUCCCUAAGAGUUAAAUUAAGAGCAUGCAGUUUUGUAAAGAAUUUUGUAUGAAUGUUUUGUCACGAGGGCUUACAUGUACAUGUGUUGUGCUCAUUUUAUCUUUGUCCCCUCUGACUAACCAUGCAGCCUUCGGUGUGAUAAAAUUUUUGUUUGUCCUCCUCUAGAACUGCUGAAAGUUAUUCGUGAAACAGAGAAUGAUGAUUUGACAGGAGUGAUGCAGAAACUCAUCUCAACAUAUGGACAUCAGGAACAAGUGGCAAGCAUUGCAAUAGACAUUGCUAGAGAUCUGGUAGGACAAAUUGAAAUUUAGUUAUGUGUUCAAGAAAAAAUUGUUUGUUUUGGGCUUGUAAAACGUCCUUUUAACUUUUGAAUUAGACUGUAUGCCAUUAAAAUUUGCAUGUAAUCCUGGAAAAAGGCACCAUUUAAGUGUUCGUAAUUAUGAUAUUCUCUGAUGAAAUUGUCUUCUUUCCACAGGCAAGCACUUUUGUUCAGUUGUUGGAUGGGGAGGAUAGUGAUGAGAAAGCUGUUACUGCCAUGGGAAUUCUGAACACUCUGGAGACAAUGUUGAAUGUGAUGGAAGGAUCUAAAGCUGUAAGAUGAAUUUAAUGUCAUUGAUUUGGUGAAGUUUUUAUUUAGACACCUAGGUAGCUACUAUUUUAGAGGGAUAGUCCUUUGUUGACAGCAAUUAUUGAUUGACUGAAAUGUAAAUUUUCUUAACACAGUGAUAUCAUUUUUCAGAUUGUACUUCAACUGGAACAAGUCGUGAUUUCUCUAAUAGCCAAGGUUCUAGAGCUGUCCGUAAUGGGUAAGGAGUAGAUAUUUUUUCUGGCUUACUACAUUUAAGUUAUUCUCUCAUUAAUAGUGUUACUGUAUUUCUGCGCAGAAUUCUAUGAAGACAUUCUGUCCAUUAUCUGCACCUGUACAUGUUUUGAGAUCUCACAGUCCAUGUGGGCAGUCUUUUACAUGCUUUAUGAAGCUUUCCAGAGGGAUGCCUUUGACUACUUUGCAGGUAUUGAGUCGUAAUUUACUUUAUGUAACCGUUGAUGACCUGGAGUACAUGACAUGCUGAGAAACAAUUGCCUCAGGUAUGUGCAUCCCUUUCCUACUGUACUUUGGAGUACAUUUUUGAGGGAACCUUGCACAGUGAACUCUGAAGAAUUACCUGCUAUUUCAGGGUUUUUACUCAGCGGAAAUUCAGCUGCGUGAUUUUUACUCAUCCAAAAUGUAUCAUUUACUGUACGUUAGUCGCAGGAUAUGCUACAAGUAAAAAAUUAAUGACGCUUAAACUGUAUGCAUUUCUGCCACCCAGAAAUGAUGCCAUGUUUACACAACUACAUCACAGUGGACACACCUGCCUUUCUAGCAAAUUCAAAGAAUCUUGAGAUAAUCUACAACAUGUGUAAAAAGGUAUGCCGUAUGAACAUGUCGCUAAUAUUGUUCUUAUUAAAUUUAAAAUUAUACCUCUGCCUGUUCACUUAAUGGUCAAAGAAUACGCAUGUAAAGUAUACUGGCUUUUUACCCUUUAACUCCCACAACUGAUUAAUAUGAAACUUCUCCCUAUUAUAUUCAUACAUUAUUCAGCAAAAAGGCAUUGAGAAUACCCAAAUGUAUCAAGUUGUAGUUAUUAGCUUGAUCUGAGACCAAAUCCUCAUGACUUAUUUACAAGAUAAUUUAUGGAAGCCAGAGGAGAGAAUCGACAAUCCCAUCGUGAGAGUUAAAGGGUUCACACUCAGGAUUCUUUUCAUUCGUCAUUAGAUGUUAACAGAUUCGUCAGCAGCAGAAGAUCAGCAGUGCAAUGCAGCAAAGCUGUUAGAAGUGACAAUACUUCAAUGCCAUGGACAGAUAGACCAGGUAAGGUAAUUGACUGAAUGGUUGUCAAAUACAACAAUUAUUUAAGUGAGCCAGUGCUCGACGCUGCGACCGUUUUGGUCGCCUUGGCGAGCAGAGGAAUAUUUUAGCGACUGAAUUCGCAACAAAAGUCUCCAAUUUGACAACUUGGGCGCUUUUGUAGCAAGCUGUAGAAGUAACGAAUAAAAGGGGUAAAUUUCUAAAGAAACUGUGGUGUUGUGUCCAUGGGAGAGUAUAACAGGGUAAUUUCGUAUUAUCGACUGAGUUCAUGACGUAAAUUGGCCACCGUUAAGAGUUUCAAAGCUGACGUUUCGAGUGUUAGCCCCUCGUCAGAGCGAGAUUACUCUGACGAAGGGUUCUGAUAAAGGGCUAACGCUCGGAACGUCAGCUUUAAAACUUUUAACAGAGGCCAAUUUACGUUAUCAACUUAGUUGAUAAUACCAAAUUACUUUGUAGAGCUAACGGUUUAGAGACAGUUAUACAAUAAGCUGUAAAUAUGGAAUUCUGCGGUCCAACAUUAAGCUCUAGCCUACUCAGAGAUUUCUUUGUUCUUUCAGUGGCUUCCGUUUUACAUUGAAGCAGCGCUGGAGAGAUUGACAAGGGAGGUGAAGGAGAGUGAACUAAGAACUAUGUGCUUACAAGUGGUAAGGGAGAUCACAACAACACGUAGUUUCAGUAGAUACGAGCAGUAAACGUCCUCAAGCCGUGUAUUUCUCAGAGACUUGUGACAUAAAGCUUUCUUUUUGCAUCCCAGUGAAAUGUUGAUGGAAUCGAUCCAUCAAAGUUUUGAAUGUACGUUUCAAGUUUCCCAAAGUCGGUUGAUUUUUUUUUGAAAAGAUAGAGAAUUAAGGAGGUGAAAACUUCGUGACAAAAGUGAAACACGUAGCUGCAACUUCGUUGUGGCCAUUGUUUUUGGUAUUUUUUGCUGGCCCCCCACUUAGUUGUGGCUUCGUUGCAACUUUUGUUUCAGAGCUUACUAACUGCGUUUGUUUUGUGAUUCCAGGCUAUCGCGGGGCUAAUAUACAAUACUCCCCUCUUAUUAAGUAUUCUGGACAAACUCCACUUUCCAAAUACGAACGAAACUGUGACGGCGCAGUUUUUUAGUCACUGGGUUAGUGACUACGACUGUUUUUUCGGGUAAGCGGACACAAAAUAUUUUGAUUUUGGUACUUUUAGCGUUUUGAGACAAUUGAGAACAUGAUAUUUGGCGCUGUUGCUCCAGAUGACUUCGUUCGGUCCGAUUUGGUUUUUUCAGACAUUGUAAUUGCCAACUUGCACUAGGAAACUUCAUCAUUUCCUGGGAAGGAAUCACAUGGUUUUCAGGGAGGGACGGAGGGGGGAUCAGUCGUCGAUAACAGAGUAUAAAUGAGUGGGGGGGGGGGAAUCGUUAGAAUAUGAAAGAGCCUUAAAGGGGAUCAGGUAAAUUUUUUUGAAACAUAACCUAAGUCCCACGACCCACCCUCCCCUCCCCUCCCUGCUGGCGAAAAAAAAAUGAGUAGUUCUUUGGGACCCCGUAUUGUAGCAUCAUUUAGGGCAACUUUUGAUUUUCCUUGUUAAUCUUUCCAACUUCUGAGUUCUCGCGUGGUGCACCUGCAACUGGUCAACAGGUGUCUUCCUAUUGUCUCAUUGCAUAUACUGAUUGCUUGAACUUAAUUCUAACAUUCAUUAGAUCUUAGACUAAGGAGUAGUGAAGAUUUAUGUCCUCAAUUAGCCUUGCUGUUACUGAUGAACUCUGGCUACUCUUUUCUGUUGUAGUAUUCAUGAUCGCAAGAUGUUUGUGUUGGGUUUCUGUGCACUCAUGGAUCUUCCAAAACAGAUGAGACCACAGGCCCUCCUUCAGUGCUCGCCCCAGAUUCUCCCGGCCUUGUUAGUGUUAUUCCAAGGACUCAAAAGAGCGUAUGAAAGUAUGGACUAUAUUUCCACAUAGUGAAAUGUUGACUUUUCUGUAUAUUUCUCGCUGGUCUCCUUAACAACCGUUGUUUAGUUGAUAAGGAAACAAUUUUUCAACCUUAACACUGUAAAAUACAUUUAUUCAGAAAUUGAACAAUGAUCAAAGCCUGCUGUUGCUGUCGGUUUUCUUUUUUAAGUUAAUUUUGGUUAACAACUGAGUUUAUAAUAUAAAUUGGCUAUCGUAGAAAGUUUCUAAAGCUGAAGUCUUUAGCGUUUGCCCCUCGCCAUUCGCCCUGACGCAGGGGUAAUGGUCGAAACGUCAGUUUUAAGAAAGUUUCUACGGAGACCAAUUUACAUUUUAAAGUCAGUUGGUAAAACGCAAUUAUCUCGUUAUGCCCCCUCCCCUCUCCUCCCCCACUGACGUUGCACCAUACUUUCUUCAGAAACUUACCCCCUUUAUUCAUUUGUUUCUUCUUCGUGAUCAAUCCAAUCAUACUCAAAUCAACGCGAUAUUUUCAUUUGUUAUUUGAUUGUUUUAGACCGAGGUGAAGGCGAAGGUGAGAAUGAAGAUGACGAGGAAGGGGCGUCUGAUGAAGGUGAGCUUCCGUAGAUUGGCGAUUUUCCUGUUUUUCUUGGAGUUUAUCUUUUCUUUUCGUUUAUUGGCACUGAGGCGUCGUGGCUUAAUUUUUUUAGAAGCUGGAUUUGAAAUCCAAAGGCCAUGCAUUUAAUUCCCUAGCUCUGCGACUCAACUCUAAUUUAUAUCUCGCAAGUGCAGACUUCAGUCUUCCACGGCCAUUUGUUAGGUGUCGACAAUUUUCUCUUCUCUUAGUUGGAAUUCUUAAUGAUUUACUUUCUCUAUACUCUACUCUCACGUGCGUUGGAUCUAGAUGCUACUUUUCACGUCUUUUGGUCUUGUCGUUUCGAAAAUACGAGCUAUGAGAUUCAAUUGUUAUUUCAAGACAGUAUUCGGCAGCCUCUGCAUUUUUCAACGAUUAAUUUUGGAUGGAGAAACAACGCCAAAAAACCUUGUCGCACGGACGACUAUUUUUGCUCCAUUUGUGAGAGUUUUGACUCAUUUUUAUUCUGUACUUUUUCUUAGAUGAACUAGCGAGUGACGAGGAUGAAAUAAACGAAGAUGACAUUCAGUAUAUUGAAAAUUUGGCGAAAAAGGUAGAAAUAUGUCUUACUGAUGCAAGGUUUUAACAGAUGACAAACUAAAUGAAAAAUUGACUGACUUGCCGGCCUUUAAAACGAAUUGAUGUCAGACAAUUGAUUAAUUAACUGACUGAUAAGCUGACUGGCUGAAUCUAUACUCAACGAACGACUGGAUCGACCGACCAGUUGAUUGACUGACUAACAAAUUGGCUGGUCUUUAGGCUGAGAAAUAAUCGAAUCAAAAAAGAUACUAGCACAAUAUUCCGGAAAGUAAGUGCUCAAGGUAGCUCGCUCGAAACGCCGAAUACACUCUCUAGAUUUUUGCCAGUUUGGCUGCAAUUGAUAAUAAUGCAUAGUUUAUGUUUUGAAGGGGGGAUCAUUGCGGUUUUUAUCGCCUUACAUGCUCAUUAUUCUGAGCGUUCCUUAGUGAACUGCACGGGUGAUGCGCUGAGCUUGAGUAACCGGAAAACGUGAUUACAUAUCGAAACUAAAUUCUGUUCGUGUAGAUUUGAAAAAAUCGUGGACAAGGCCAUGUUAACUUACGGAAUUUUACAGGUUCGAAAUAAUACGAACCGUACGUACAAAAGCAAUUUGUCAAGGUGAAUGACCCCUUGUGAAAAUGGAUCAAUGCUAACAGUGAGCACCAUCAUUAUCUUAAGAACCUAGCGUGUUAAACUCUUAUAUUUACAACCGUGAAAUCCUAUUUUUGCCCUCUUGCAGGCCGCUGACCACUUAGAUGAUGAAGAUGAUGUGGAAGAUGAGGAGACAGCUCUGGAGAAUUUUACUACAUCUGUGGAUAACGAAGAAACUGAUGAAUAUAUUGCCUUUAGGAAUUCACUCCAAGGUGAGUACAGGGUUGGCGUCGUGUGAUUUGCAUGCGUUUCUUUUGCGUCGGCAAAAGCAAUAGAAGUAUUAAAUGUUUGUGUUUUGUCCGUAUCGCUCAUGUCAAUGUUAUGUGUGGGUUAGAGUGAAUGUGUUCAAUUUUUAGCCCUUCAGGCCAAUGACCCAGAAUGGUAUUCUGCUUUGACAAGUGUGUUAACAGAAGAGCAGGGCAAUUCACUACAGGAAGUGCUUGUACUGGCGGAACAGAAGAGAGCUUCACUAGGUGAGAACUGUGCCAAUUAUCAACCAGCCAAAAAGGGUGAAAUAGUAGAAUAGUCGAACGUAACUUUUAGGUCAGUCAUUUUUGUCAGUUGGUCAGUCUGUAGGCCAGCCAAUUUGUUGGUCAGUCUGUCGGUCAAUCGUUCAGUGAGUUAUUUUGCCAGUCAGCUGAUCUGUCAGUUAGUUCAUCAACUGCCAGUCAUCAAUUCAUUUUAACCCUUUAAACCCUUUGAGUGACCAGCGUUUAAUUUCUCCCUGCAAUAUCCCUCCCGAAUCACACAUUAAGGUCAUGAGAAGAAAGGUCACCGGAGAACGAACCUUUUGAUUGGCAAACAAAUUCUCCUUGUUAGCAUCUUAGGAAAUGUAUAAAGAAAAGUAUGGAGAAUACACAUUCUAAUGUUAGAGUGGAAAGGGUUAAAGGUUGGCCCUCGGGAAAGUGUGAGGUUUUGAGCAGCGCGAGCCGUGGAGAGGUCAGUAAAGAGUCAGUGACCCUCAGUUAACCUCCCCACCCCCCCCCCCCCGACUCGUCUCCAAUCUUCCCACGGGCGGAGAAACGCGCUUCCUGCAUUGCAAAGUUAAGGGCGUGUUUACAGACUAUUGAGGGUCAGUGGUAACAAAAUUGUUUAGUGGGUUGGUCAGUUAUUGUCAUAAAAGGUUUGGUUAAAUGAUUUUAUCGAUCAAUGGCUCAUCGAUUGAUUUAUCAUCUCUGAAUAAUGUAUUGAGUAGUAGCGAAAGUAAACUACACGACUUAAAAUCCAGUGCACCAAUCCUCUUCAUUUCGACCUUAGCCAGGCUCUCUGUGUUUGGUUCUUGGGUUAGACUCUCGGCUAUUUUCCAUCCCACAGAGUCCAGGCGAAUUGAACAGCAAGGAGGAUACAUGUUCACCAACAUGGCUGUGCCAAGUACCUUCAACUUUGGACAGUAACUGUGAAAGAUUUCUGUGUUGCCUAGCUCUUUCACGAAGGGGCUACAAAUAAAAGGGUUUUUUUUUACGAAAUUAAGGAAUUAACCUUCGAACAUAAUUUAUAUCGUCAGAUUGAAGAGACAUUUGACUUCUGACUAUUGACGUCAUGUGAGUGACUUUGUGAUUGCGUGACUUUUCUGUUAUGUCGGAAGCGUAAUUGGUGACAUACAGCAGAUCACGCAACACCGCGAUUUCGCGUUUCUGCCGUACUUGUUAUCUUGCUCGCUUUCUUCUUUUUUACACAAUAACAUCAAUUUUAUUUGUUAAGGGUCGAUUUUGCUGACCUUACGUCGAAUUAUUGUUUUCGGCAAACAUUUUGAUAAUGAUAUACCUUUGCAAAGUUCUAUAUCAAAUGAAAAAAUAUUGCAACCUCAAACCCGCCACAGCAGGUGUCACGCUAGCUGUCAUGUUGGCAGUCGUGCCCUCGCGAUACAUGAUGUCGUUUGGCAGCUCGAGAAGCGUCAAAGGACUUAAAAAAACUUUAGGAAAAUAGAAUUAAAAAAGAUCCGGCGUCUUACAAAAACAAUCAAAAGUGUCGUUUAUGGUUGAGAAAAUUCUAAAUUUUGACGUGCCAGUCUUAUUACGGAGGGGUUUCAGAUUUGGAACAGUGGUAUUCCAUAACGAACUGUUCUCAUUGUGAUGCUAAAUAUCACUUUCAAUACCGGAAUCCGAUCUUGAGACGGAAAUUCGCAGUUUUAGCACAACGGAAAAAAGGUAGAAAAGGCGCAGGAAAAUCCAUUUUUUCCUAAUCAUUUUUGAGAUCCUAUCUCGGAAAGAUACAAAUAACAAUCGCACACCUUUCUUGGUGGAAACAGAAACAGUCGAAAAGUAUUAUGGAUAACUGCCGGUUGGUAACGGUUUGUCACCAAGAAUAAGACUGACUGUUAAAAUGACUUGAAAGUUCAGACAGCAAAGCUAUUUUAAUAAAAGAACAAAUCAAGUAAGAGGUUGUUCGGUCGUUAUUGCAGACAGG